GUAUGUUUUUUUUUCCCAUUCAUCUCCCUGCAUAUAAUUAUUUCAAAUAUAUUUUGGUCUAACAGACUAGCAGGAAAGUAAAGUGCAGAAAUAAAAAUUUUGAUGGGAUGACUGCUAUAGGACACAUGGAAUCUCUAUUUUGCCAUAGUAUUAAUCUUCAAAUAAAAUGUACUCGAUUUCAAGCAUUCAGAUUUGCACUUUAUGGUAGGCUGGGAUACAGCCAUGUCCUGAGAUGAGGAUAUAAAUAUGAUGUUAAUAAAGCUAUAGGUAACAUUUGGAGACAUUCUUUACAGUAGGUGAAUCAAACCUAGGUUGGUGAUUUGGUCUAAUGUAUGUGUAGCAUAAAUCAUCUUCCUAAAAUGUUUGAACAUCUAUAGCACUAAUAUUUAGAUCAUUACCUUGCUACAUUUGUAAUGUAGCCAUGCAGACUCCUUGAUAGAUAGUAACCAACCCCAAAAACUAUUUCCUCCCAAGAAAAAUAAGGUUAACACCAUCUUUACCAAGCAGUGCACUUUUGUUGUGUGUUGUUAUCACAUGGUAUGCUUAAGCAUAGUUCACACUGAACCUUAAUAAUAGGAUUGUGCUGAAUAUAGAUUUCUGCAUUUAGAUGCUCUGAAUUAAGCUAAUUAUUAUUAAUAAUAUGGCAACAAGAAUGUCAUUAGGUUUUUUUAAAAAAGUUUUUGAGUUAUGUAUCUGCAUAGUUCUCCCUUGAUUCAGUUUAGGAAAAUGGAUUGGCUUUAAGAAAUAUCAAAAGAAUUUUAAUCCAAAAUUUAAUCUUGGCUCUUCAGUCCAAACUGAAUUAUUAUUACCCUUCCCCAGAGGGUGAGAGUGCUGAUCACUGCAUUUAGGAAGACUAUCAUGCUCCAACAUUUAAACUAAAGAGAGAACCAGAUUCAAUAAUGAAUACAAUACUAGGAUUAAACAGUACAAGUUUAGCAUCUCCAACCCGUUCUAAAGCACAUUAAGUUCAUGGCAAUGAAAAAUUCAAAAUAAAAACUGUUCUAGUUUUCUGUCUAGCUAUCUCAUUAAAAAAAAAAAUAUAUUGGCAGAAUUUCUAUUUCAGACAGGAUAUAAUGAGUCUGGCUGAUAAAGUGGCUCUGAAUCAGCUGAUCAUUUAAUCCAGCACGAUCUCUAGAGGUUAAGAUACUGGAGGGUUGCUGCUAUUGUAAACACAAUAUGCAUAGAAAGAGAGAAAAGGGGAAACAUACAUCUAACUAAUAAUAUUCCACAGUAGCCUAGCUAUAAUUAAAAUAGUUUCUGUGAUUCAUCAUAGAUAAUAAUUCUGAGUAACGUGCAAAAUAAUUUUUGAAUUGAAUGUACACAAACUUCAGCCAAUACCCAUUCUAUUUAUUUAUUGUACAGUAUUACAGAAACAUCAGCAUUUCUUUAAAAAAAAAAGGUUUGGGUGUGUUUUGUUUUUGGGCGGACUUUCUUUUUCAUGUUACAAAGUAAUAAAAACUCGUAGAAACAGCAUUCCGAUAAAAUCUUGUAUCCAUUUUCACCCAGUUAAGUUUGUGGCAAUUUUGGACCUGAUCGGUCCUCUUAUGCAAAAUAUAUUCUCAUCCCAGCAAAACAGGGUUUGUUUUUCCAAAAUGUGGACAAUAUAUAAUUAACUAUAAUUAUUCAACUCAACACUUGGUCAACAAGAAAUUUCCUUACGCGUAAAACCAGAAACAAAAGAAAGGCGCCAACAUUUUAGUUACCAACGGUGGUUUGUCAUUGGUGCUUUCGAACUGUUUCCCUUUCUCAUUGGACAAAUCCGAGGGGCAGUCACUUACGGCGGGAAAGGCUCCGCCGCGUAAAGUAACCGCCCUUCAAGGGAAGGUUUCUUUCUGGUCGGGUUCUAGAGAAUAUAAAUUCUCUGUAUCCCAGUUGGCGGCACAUUUUCUCGAGGUUUUGUGAGCUGAAGGACUGAAGAAGGCUAAAGAAUGUCCGGACGAGGCAAAGGCGGAAAGGGUUUGGGAAAAGGGGGCGCUAAGCGUCACCGGAAAGUGUUGCGAGAUAACAUCCAGGGCAUUACCAAGCCCGCUAUCCGCCGCUUGGCUCGUCGUGGCGGAGUGAAGCGUAUCUCCGGCUUGAUCUACGAGGAGACUCGCGGGGUGCUGAAGGUCUUUCUGGAGAACGUCAUCCGCGAUGCCGUGACUUACACCGAGCACGCCAAGAGAAAGACCGUGACAGCCAUGGAUGUGGUCUAUGCCUUGAAACGCCAAGGCCGUACCCUCUACGGAUUCGGUGGCUAAAUAUUACAACGAGCUUUUCGAAAUAAAAACAAAAGGCCCUUUUAAGGGCCACCCACUUUUUCAUAAAAAGCUGAGUUUCCAUGAGUACUGUUGCUAUGGCUUGUAACUGAACUUAAACGUUCUUUAUAUAAAACUACGAAGUGAGUGCAUCUGGUAGUAAUUAGCAGGCUUAUGGAUGAAAUAAACUCGGCGAGCGGGGAACUAAACGCGGGCACUAAAGGGGAAAAAAUAUACCUUUUAAGAAUCGGCUUAACGAUUUUUAUGUUUUUCGUCGCGUUAAAAGCGUGUUCGGUUUUCGUUAACUUCAAAAUCGGAUGCAAUCGUUACCCACACCAAUUUAGCAGAUUCUUUAGGGGGAAUGAGAUUUUAGUCCCUAUUAAAAAAAAGGGGGGGGGAGGGUUUCCUAUGAGGGAAAUAACCGCAUAAUACGGUGUUUCCUACCAAACAAUGGAUCUCCCCCCACCCUGCAACUACGAGGGCGUAUUUCCCAGCAGUCUCUAUCAAAUCCUUUGUUUCCUCAAUUGUGAUGCAAUACCAGAGGUAGCCAAUAAGAACCCGAGGCCUGCUGGCGAGGGAAUUGGGUCGCUUAGAUACGGAGUUUGGUGGCUCCUCUACUUCCCGAGCAGCGAAGGCGGCGGGAUCUUUACUGAAAUGCUUGCUUUUAGGAGCAGAGAAAAGAAAGCGACGACACGUGUCCUUAAGACCCCAGAUUCAAAUUUACCAAAUAUUUGAGGCAAAUGGGGAUUUUUUUUUUGAAGCUCCCGGUUUGAGGUGGCUCCCAUUUUCACAUCUGAUCUUCCUUUUGUUGCCACCCCACCUUCGUUUUCAGCUUGUGGAGAGAGAGCUUGCUGUCAACAAGACAUCCAUGAACAGACUCGUUACAAAAUUUAUUUCCAAUGUGCUGUUGCAUUGGGGGGGAAACAGCGCUUCGCUUAGAGGUGUGACUGGGAUUGCUACCCUCUCAUCCUUGAUUUCGCUCUGAAUUUCAGCUUGCAACUACCGUAGCAAAGCCUCCCUAGAUUCUUUUGAGGCUGUACAAGGAGAAAAAGGAAGAGGAGGAAGGACCUAGAACUGCUUCUGAGGGUUACCUGUUGGAGGUGACAAGGAAAAGAGGAAGAAAAGCACCUCCCCAGGUAGUGUACUGCAUAGCAAUGAAGAGAGCAAGGGGAG